GUUCCAGGUGCCCAAACAAUCGAUUACGGCCUUGCCUAUUCCGUAUCCGUGGAUAGUAAUACGUAAAUUCCGCCCCUCAACACUAGGUAAUUUACCAUGCCUCAGGAUGCCCUGCGCAUUCCGUCCAACACCUAACCCGGACCGGUUGCAAAAGCCAGCCUUCUCCGAUACACGCAAAACUAUUCGAAAGGAUCCAAGGCCGACCAGCCAUAUUUCCAAACGCGCACCGCCCUACAACCCCGGGGGAAAGAAGUCUGCAAUGCGCCUCGACCUCGCGCAGAGAUGGAGGAGUCGCCGUUGACCAAGGCCCACGACCACGCCCGAGCCGCGUCGGUGGCUACCCAGACAUCAGACAUUACUGUUGCUAUCAACCACCAUUCACUUGCUGCCGGCGAAUUCGCCAACGCCGCCAAAGGCACCACCAGUGUCGAGGCCUUGCGAACACUCAGCCUGCUCGAGCAGCACCACCGGCGGCUGGCCGAGCUCCUAAAACUGCCGCUCGAGCCACCCAGUAGCCAGCACUCGAAUGCCGAUAGCGAUAUUGCCGAGGGCGACGAGAAGGAGAGCCAGCCGGGCGAGCAAGACGGCUCUGCGAAAGCAUCGGGGCAGACCAAGCCUUCACUUGCAGUCCUGCCAAACCACGCGAAGCCAGUGCCCUUGCUACCGCAACAGCGGAGAUAUCCCGGCCGCGACCUUUCGUCUUCUAUUGCCAGCAACCUCGCCUCCGCCCGGGGUAUUAAAUCCAAAUACCGAGGCCAGCCCCUAACCCCGAGCGUGUCGAAUGACCAGGCGCCCGGCAGCCUCGAGGUCCAUCCCCGGAGGGAGGGCUCGUCGAGGAACAAGGCACCGUCCGAGGCCGCAGACCAAAAUGCUCGAAAGCCCAGCUGGUUGCCCCCAACUCAACAAUCUGGGGUCAAGAUAGACACAUCCUCGGCCAACGAGUCUCCAAAAGCCGACCAAGUUAGUCCUCCGCCAGCCGAGGAGGGAUUUUCUAGGUUCUACACUAGCUUUGGAAACCUAAUCAACCGGCUCUCGGCGCCUCUCGCCUAUGCCGGGCUCCCUUUAAUCUACGAAGAGACGUCUCCUGCUACUAGCCAACCCGUUGCAGUCCCCGAGCCGCCGCCGCCCGUGCAGAAAAGGUCAUCUCGGGGGCCCGAGCCUGACAUUUCCAAAAUAUUUUCGCGCUCAAUACUACAGUCACUAGUCCGUGACGGCCAUGGCGGCAAUGACUCCUUCUACGUCGUGCCCACCAGUGGACACACAGCCACAUACGCGAGCAUUCUCAACCACGAGAACAAGGAGAAGCGGCGGAUGGCGGCGUCGUUUCAUAGCGAUGUUAGCAUGGCAGCGGGCAAAGCGGCAGCAGCGGCCGACGACCACGAAGAAGACGAUUUUGUAGACGCCCGCGAAUCGCAGAUGCCAAUAUCUCCGAGCUUUCGCAAGCGGCUCGGCAGGAGCCGCACCGAGAAGGAGCUGCAGAACGUCAUCGAGGAGCUCCACGUCGAGAACGCGAGCCUCAAGGAGAUGCUCGACAAGCUCAGCAAGCGCCUGCAUGCCUUUGAGCUGAACUCGCAGAGCUCGCAUCUGGCUCUUGCCCAGAGCCUGCGCCUACAGCGUCCCGGGUCGCCGCCGACCAUGUCGUCUUCUUCCGGCGGCGGGGGAUCCCCGGUGGUGGCGGCGACGACGGCCACAGAAGAGGCACAGAAUAAGCAGAUCCGCGAGCUUGAAGACCAGGUCGCCACCCUCAUCCGGCAGAUGACAUCCAUGGAGAAGGACCGUGACAAGCUCCAGGGCACAGUUGACAAGUACCGCGAGCGCUGGGAGAAGCUUAAGGCCGGCGCCAAGGCCAGGAGAGAGGCCCAGGACCAUGCUGCUGAUGGCAGCGGCGAUAACCCGUCGUCCCGCGCCGUCUAAGCCUAGGUCAAACACUGGGGAAGAGAGAAGUAAGUCGUAUUCUAAGACGGCGUAUACAGUGAUGAAAUAGUAUUUAGUUUAAACUUGCCGCAAUAGACUUCAAGUUAAACAUGUAUGAGCUCUUGCUGCCAUUUCCCUGUUCCCAUCUCCUGUUAUUCUUCUGUGCCUCUCAAUAAAGCAACUAGGUC